AUGCCAAUGAUACCAUUCUCCCAGGGCCGUCUGCCCCGAAGCAGUGGUCGUCCGCGUUCCGGCGCUGCUAGCGCCACCGUCCUGUCGGAAGAACGACGGAGUCAAAUUCGACGCGCGCAAAAGACAUAUCGUUUGAAAAAAGCAGCCAGCUUACAAGAAACGCAACAGCGAGUCGCACUCUUGGAAACGAAACUACAGAGUAUCUCCGAGUCGCUGUCAGACUACCGAGCCGCGCUGGUGUCCGAGCUGCAGGACAGCCAUCCACUAGUUACCGGCUUCGAUAACAUUUUUGAUAUGGUUGAUUGCGAUCGCGACCAAACGAGGACGACAUCCCAAUCGCCAACAGACAAAUUCGAAGUCACUCGGUCAUACGACCCCAAUCCUCCCAACACCCCCUUUGGCUACCACAACGACAGCUCCUCCUCCACCACCACCACAGUAGAAACACCCACUACACCUCUCCGACAGCAACCAUCCCCCACAAUCACCCCCUCCCCCAGCACAAGAAAAUAUACGCACGCCUUCCGCGAGUGCUCCCUCUCCCGCCAACUCCAGCGCUACAGCCUCGAACACGCCUUCCGCCUCUUCACCAACGCCCACUCCCCCCCUGUGGAAAUCUACCGCGUCUUCCGCCUCGUCCCGUGCCUCCGCAACCGCUCCAAAAUGUACCCCUACUUCCGACGACUCGUCUGCGCCGACACCGACAACCCACUCGAAGUUCCCACCCUACCGUUCUAUUGCAUCGGCGGCGCCGGCACGCACUACCCCGCGCGCGACACCGCCGGAAACCCCAUUUACCCGCCCAAGAUGCGCCUCCCGCGGCGGAUCUUGAGCGUGGGCGUGGACGGUUCACAGAGGCGGCUUGAGGCCUGCGGGCUUGAUGGUCGGUGGUUCGAUUGUCGCGAUGUGGAGGGUUUCCUGCGUGAGCGAGGGGUCCAGGUCGAUGGGUCUUUGUUUCCCGUUGUGAGGGAGUCAGAUUCGGGUUCCCCGGGUGAUGGUGGUGGUGGUGAUAGUGCGGAAUAUCAGUUGCAGAUGUCGCUGGUGGAGUCGUUGGGGGAGAGCGUGGCUCCCUCGAGGCUGGACCUGGAGUCGUUCUUCCAAAGACUCCUUCGCGGAGUGGUCAUUCUUGGUCGCGUGCCGGGAUUCCGGGAAUGUGAUGUGGUGGGGGCGUUUAAGACGUCGGUUGUAUUUAGUUGA